AUGCAUUUUGUUUACAAAAGCGAACGGACUCUUGAUGAUAGCCGUUUUACUGUCACCACUGGUGACGAGGACACCUGUCUGUCUCAAGCGUACAACAGCCAACUGCACCGCACAUCCAACCGCAAUGACAAUGCCUCCCAAUUGAGGUCAGUCACCUCUGAAAGAACGAUGACAUGUAAAAGGUCCGCCCAGGGCAGGCGAAGUCGCAGCUCCACAGUUCUGCUGUCGCCCGCCAUGACACCGCCCACGCCUGCAUAUUCAGGGCACUCGAGUGUUUCCUCUAGCGAUGAAGCGGAGGAGACGGAGGAAACGGACGUGGCCAGUGGCAGGAGGACGUCGAUAGCAAAACUGCCACCAUCUGUGGAGGUACGUAACAGGCCGAAAUCCACUCAAGAUCUCAGUCAGCUGGAUGCCAUGUUCGAGAGGCUCACUACCAAGUUCGUUGAAGUUAGUCUUUCCACACUGUCUUCUGGUUUCAUUGCUCUUAUUUUUCUGUAUUUACUUGUCGUGUUUCUUUUGCUACUUUGGUAG